AUGGCGAGUGCCCGCACGACAGCAGCGCUCUUGCGUGCGUACCGCGUCUCUUGCGGUCCGACUCAGCGGCUCUCGCUGUCUACCAAGGCAACUGAAGCAGCUGCUGCUGCUUUGCGCAUGGGCUUCAAAAAGACAGAAGACGACACUACAGCGACUGAAGACGAGCGUGCGUUUCCGAUCGAUGAUCGCAUUGCAAUCGAUGGGCCAGAGGCGAUGAAGAAGCAGCUCGUGCCGCCUGCGAGGAGCUCGUCUCAGCCGCUAUGGCUCACGCAGGACCAUCCUGUGACAGACCUGUCAGGCUUUGCGCCCAAAAUAGUGGUGGUUGGUGUUGGGGGUGCUGGAGGCAACGCCGUGAACAACAUGAUCGCGCGCGGUUUGCAGGGAGUCGAGUUCCUCGUGUGUAAUACAGACGCGCAGCACUUGCGCACGACGCUGACUGAAAACCGCGUUCAAAUGGCUCCUGAACUGACUGGAGGUCUUGGCUGUGGUGCGAACCCUGAAGUCGGACGGGAGGCAGCGGAGGCUGCAAUUGAUGAGAUACUGGAACGCACGCAGGGUGCAAACAUGAUGUUUGUCACUGCAGGCAUGGGCGGUGGUACGGGGACUGGUGCUGCACCCGUUAUUGCCCAGGCGGCCUUGGACGCCGGGAUUCUUACGGUAGCCGUGGUCACAAAGCCGUUUCGCUUCGAAGGCAACAACCGUGCGAAACUUGCAGCGCAAGGUCUUGCUGAGUUGAAGGAUAGCGUAGACACGAUGCUUGUGAUUCCGAACCAGAAUCUGUUCAAUAUGUCAAACGAGCGCACGUCGUUGAUGGAUGCAUUUCGAAUGGCGGACAAUGUGCUACUUGACGGCGUCAAGAACAUCUCGGACCUGAUGGUGAUGCCAGGGCUUAUCAAUCUUGACUUUGCUGACGUUCAAUCGGUGAUGCAAAACAUGGGAAACGCCAUGAUGGGGAGUGGAGAGGCGAACGGAGACAACCGGGCGUUGCGUGCUGCCGAUGACGCGCUGGCGAAUCCUCUUCUGGGCGAUAUCUCAAUCAAGGAUGCCAAGGGCAUGAUUGUGAACAUCACUGGAGGCUCUGACCUGACGUUAUUUGAAGUUGACGAAGCUGCAGAACGCGUGACACGAGAGCUCGACGAUCCACACGCCAACAUUAUCUUCGGCUCGACGUUUGACGACUCGCUGGACGGUAAAGUGCGCGUUUCCGUAGUUGCCACCGGCAUCGCUGAUCCCGAAAAGUAUUAA